AUGGCUACAGAAAAAAAGCACUUCACGUCGAAACGGUUUGUAGAUGCGCCUAUCUCACAGCUGUCCAAAGCUGGAAUCAGACAUGAGUUUCUGACAGAUGUCCAAGAUGCCACGCUCGAGCAUGCUUUGUCGGGCAUUGAUCUUCUGGUGCAAGCGAAAACUGGAACUGGGAAAACCAUGGCGUUUCUUCUCCCCGCCAUCGAACGACUCGCUUCCUCCCAAUUGACGUCCUCUGACGUGGGCAAGAUUCUUGUUCUGGCGCCUACACGAGAGCUGGCACUUCAGAUCGAGGAAGAGGCAAUGUCCCUUCUUGCGCACCACCCGUACGGUGUGCAGUCUGUCAUCGGAGGUACAAACAUAAACACAGAAAAAAACCGCCUUAACUUCUUCCACCGCUCGCACCGACAUCCUAAUUGCCACCCCCGCGUGCUCGUUCUAGAUGAGGCAGAUAGGCUGCUCGAUCAAGGAUUUCGCAAGGAUUUGGAGCGCAUCGUAGGAUUCUUGCCUGAUAGACGGGGAACAAAGCGACAAUGUAUGCUGUUUUCUGCGACUUUUGAUAAGGCGAUCCAGAACAUCGCAAAGAUUUACCUAGAUCCAAAUUACAAAUUCAUAUCUACGCUACACGCGGAUGAGAUCAACACACAUGAACAUGCUAUCGAUGAACUAACAGGGUGGCAUAGUUACCUCGUCACGCCCCUCGAAGAUACCCUUCCGAUACUUGUUUCCCUCCUCAAGCAGGCAGGCCCAGAAGCAAAGACGAUGUUGUUCUGUACAACGGCACGUGGUACGGCCGUCGUUGCGAGUAUCUUGCAACAAGUGUCUGCUGCAAGCCCACAAUCUAUGCUUCCCCCAAUCUACCAGAUCCAAAGCCGUAUGUCACAGGCUGCACGUACACGCGCCGCACAGGAGUUCCGCGAUGCCCCAGAAGGGGCGGUUUUGGUUACAAGUGAUGUGACUGCGAGGGGGAUGGACUUUCCAAGUGUAACAUAUAUCAUCCAGCUUUCCCUCCCCAGCUCGCCCGCACAAUACAUCCACCGCCUCGGCCGAACCGCGCGCGCAGGGGCUGCCGGUGAAGGCAUAUUGAUGCUCAUGCCCGACGAACAGUUCUUCUUGCGGCUGCCAGAGAUCGCCUCGCUUCCGUUAACGCCCUACACGCAGCUUGAACGUACUGGUAAUUUGAAGUUUAAGCUAGACGACCGCUCCAUCGGCCAGGCAUAUUCUGCUUGGCUUGGGUUCUAUAAGUCCUGGCUAAAGCAACUGCGAUGGUCACCCACGGAGUUGGUGAAACAGGGCGCUAUAUGGGCGCAGUGCUUGGGGUGGCCGAGUGUGACGGAGGUCGGCGGUGGACCUAGUACUUCAGGUAGUGCUCCAGCACAAAGAGGCGCAAGGGGUAGAAGUGUGGUGGCGACAUGGAUCCCGCCGCCUAUCGCAAAGCGCACUGUAGGAUUGAUGGGUCUGCGUGGAACACCGGGGCUAAACGUGGUGGAUCGCCUGGACGAUGCGGGUGACGGUCCAGCUCGGAAUACAGGAGGAGGGGGACGUGGAGGGGGGCGCGGGCGCGGGCCAAAAGCUACCAAACCGCCCACAGAAGGGGCAAGCGAUAAUAGGACUGCGCACACACCAGCCACUAGAAGGGGCAAAGCGAAGGCAGGACAAUAA